AUGAUGAGAAUAAGGUGCAGCCGAAUACUUAGAUUUUCGAAACCCAACUUCAGGUGGGAGACGCAUAUCUCAAGCCGUUGCUUCAGUUCACGAGGCCAGUCUCAUACAAAGAGCAUCGCUUCGUCUCUUAGAGACGUCCUCACACGACCCACAUGGCAGCAGAGUCAAAGCUUUGUUAAAUUUAGAAGAGUUUCAUCCCAUGCUCGUAUGGCUAGUGAUGAUCAUCAACCUGUGACGGUUGAGACUUUGGAUGCUCUGUGUGAAGAAGGGAGAGUACUAGAAGCCGUGAAAGCUGUUCAGAUCUUGAAAGAUAAAGGCCAUGUUGUGGACUUGCUUAGGCUUCUAGGGUUAGCCAAACUAUGUGGUGAAACAGCGGUUCUGGAAGAAGCUAGGGUUGUUCAUGACUUUAUCACUAGUUCCGUUUCUACUCCUUUAAGUGUUACAUGUCACAACACCAUACUCAAAAUGUAUUGUGAUUGUGAAUCCACUGAAGACGCAUUAAACAUGUUCAACGAGAUGUCUGAAAGAAACUCAGAGACUUGGUGCGUUAUGAUGAGAUGCUUAGCGAAGAACGGAGAUGGUGAGCUCGCUAUUGAUAUGUUUACACGGUUCAAAGAAGAAGGGAACAAACCCGACAAGGAGAUAUUCAAAGCGGUCUUCUUUGUGUGCGCUUCACUAGGGGACAGUAACGAAGGUUUGUUACAUUUUGAAGCUAUGUAUAAAGACUAUGAGAUCAUACCCUCCAUGGAAGAUUACGUGAGCUUAACGGAGAUGUUAGCAUCAUGUGGUCAUUUAGAUGAGGCAUUGGAGUUCGUUGAGACAAUGAAGGUGGAACCAAGUGUUGAAGUGUGGGAAACGCUGAUGAAUCUAUGUUGGGUUCAUGGAGAUGUAGAGCUGGGAGAUAGGUUAGCUGAGUUAGUAAACAAGCUUGAUGCAACAAAGAGGAACAAUGAAGGUCUUGUAGCGGAGAAAGCAUCAGAAUCCAAGAAGGAGAUGAUGAGAGGACUAUAUCCUAAAAAGAAGAUUGGGCGUAGUAAUAUGCAUGAGUUUAGGGCAGGAGACAUUUCAAAACCAGAGUGUGAUGGAGUCAUACCUGUACUGAAGAGUUUGAAAGUGCAUAUGUUAGAGAUGGGUUUUGUCCCCGCGCUUAGGUUGGUUUGUAUUAAAGGACUUGAAGACGAGGAUAAAGAGGAACAACUUCUUUUUAGAAGCGAGAAGCUAGCCUUUGCUCAUAGCUUCCUUAAGACAGACCCUCGUGAUCGUGUAUGUGUUAUGCAAAAUUUCCGUAUAUGUCAUGAUGGACAUGAGACAUGUAAGAUGUUGACAUUGAUAACAGGGAGAGAACUGGUGUCACGAGAUUCGAAACGAUUCCAUCAUUACAGAAACGGGAUGUGCUCAUGCAACGAUUACUGGUGA